AUGCGUCUCAUCCACCUUCUCUGUCCCGUUCGUGGGCGAGUACUGCGGAUCAAACAACUGCGGCACGUCCUGCGUCACCAGCAGCGGCCCGUAGUGGAAGAAGGCCGUCAUGUUCUCCAUGGCCUGCGCAAUCGUCCAGUGCGGCAGCUGCAGACUGCCGACGGGGAGGAUACCUGGUGCGAGAGAUUGGAUCCGAUUACGGUUUCGACGAGUUGGGGCGCGAAGAUUUGGGAGCCGGGCGUCGUGAUGGUGGUCACAUCCGGAGAGGUGAAGAACGGGGAGAGUCGCGGGAGGUUUCCGGGGGCGAUUUCGACAGUUGUGGGCGCGGUGGGGGCUGUGUUCGAGAAGUCCGUGUCACCGGGCGAGUCGAGACCAGUGUUCCAGUAG